UUAAAGCGUGCUUUCACGUGCUAUAAGUACAGCUCGCGUUCCUUGCAAUGGCAGUUCAGCUCAACCUUUCAACCAGGAUGAAGUGGCUUUUCCUCGGGGCAAUCGUGGCCGGGGUCCUCGGGAUCUCCCACGCCCGAAGCGAUGACGACGCGCGUGUGGUGGCAGCCUACACCACCCGGACUGCCAUCACCCUCACCACCCUCACCACAACAGUGCCGUUCACGUGCGCCAACUACUUCGGCACAAACGUGUGUCAGAAGCGCAGGUACCGCCGCUUCACCAACAUCGAGAAGGACCUGACCACUGGAGAUGAUUUCGACCCGCUCCUGGGGGCCUCCCAGAACGCCGCCCCCGACAGUCUGGACGACCAGGAGGACGCCCGCCUCAAGCGCGAGAUCGCCGACGCCUCCCGAGACCCCCGCAUCGCCCUCACCGUCUGGUCGACCACCUCCUCCACCUUCACCUACACCUCCGAGAGCACCAACGCCUCCACCACCUUCUCCCUCUCGUACUACUGCACGGCCGUCGGCGCCAGCUUCCCCCCCUCCUGCAACGGAUUGAACUACGGGGCAAUGCAAGUCUUCUCCCAACUUCUCACAGCCAGAAUGAAGUGCCUGUUAAUGGUGACAAUCCUAGCCGGGAUCCUUGUGACCUCCCACGCCCGCAACAACGACGACGCGCGUGCCGUCAUUGCCUUCAGCACCCGGACCGUAGUUAUCCUCACCACCUCAGUAACCACCGUUCCUGUGACGUGCGCUCUCUUCCCCGGGGAGGCCAACUGUCAGAAGCGGCGCGUUCGCAGGAUCGCCACGAUUCGGAACAUGGACAUUACGGCCGGCGACGAGACCGACCCGUUUCUCCACAGCGCCUUCGACAUCUCUCCGGUCAGUGAGGUCGACCUCGAGGACGAUCGGGGGCUUCGCGCUCUCGCCCUCACCGUCUGGUCGACCACCUCCUCCACCUACACCUACACCUCCAAGAGCACGGACACCGCCACCACCUUCUCCCUCUCGUACUUCUGCACCGUCAUCGGCUUCAACUUCCCUCCGGCUUGCUGAGAGAUAGAGAAAGUCACUGGGAAGGGAUUGUGUCGCGGGAAGAGAGAAGGGAGGGUGUAUAUAAAUAUUUUCUUUUCUUUCUUUCUCUCGCUCUCUUAUUCUUCCUUUUUUUUCUUCUUCUUUUUUUUAGU